AUGCCCCGCCCAGCCAACCUCUCCACCUUCGACCAUUUUCCACCUGAGCCACACUUCCGGCGACGGCCCAUUACGAAGAAGAAGAAGAAGAAGAAGAAAAAAGAUCGGCUUUUUUCGAAAGGCAGAAAACCCUCUAAGCAAAAACCCUCUAAGAUGAGUUUGCCAGUGUCUUGUCGCCAUUGUGAAGCGAAGGGAGAAGAUGGUUUUCGAGAGGAUUUCGAGGGCUUCAGCGAAUGCGAAACAGUGGAUUAUUUUGAUGCCAAAUUGAAAGAGAAUGGGGUGGAGAUGCUUGAUUAUUUUGUGAGAACUCUGCUUACGAUUAUUCAUGCGAUUUUGCUGUUGAAAACGAAAGAGAAUAAGCAAAACAUCCUAAGAUUAUACUGA